AGAAGAAGAAGAAGCUAGUCAUGAACAGUUAAAUAUGGCGCGGGAAACAAUGUUGGGGAUGGAAAUAGUUGAAGAAGAUAAAGAAGAAAUGAGCCGCUUUUCUUCUUCAUCUCUAAAACUUUACGAAGCGCAGUUUUUUGGCUUCACUCCGCAGACCUGCAUGGAGCGGAUCUACAGCUCCUUUCAUGAAUGCCUGUGUUACAUUUUAGCUUCGGUGGAGAAGGUUUGCGUCAGUGAGCUGGUGAAAGGCCAACCGAAUAGUGCCGAGGAGUCAGUCCGGUCCAGGGCCAGAGACUGCACCCGCCAGCUGCAGCUCUUCCUGGAGAAGCGCUUCAAGCAGCUGGCGGAGCGAAUGGAGGCGCUGCUUAUGAGUCGGUGUUUCAUCAUACCUCCAAAUGUCCUGUUGCCAGAGGAUCAGUCCCAUCAGAAAUACCCCCAGGACAUAGAGGAAGUACUGAAGCUUGAGUCGUCCCUUGCAGAUCUCCACAGAGCCUAUGAAGCUGAAGUUUGUGCCAGAGAAGCUCUGCUAGCUGAGCUGGAGGAGCAGAGGGAGGUGCAGGAGCAGCUGGAUGAUAUCCUGGCGUGGAUCAGAGAGAUUCAGGCAGCCUGGGCAAAGGAAGGGAAUGGGAACUUCCAGGAAACCUUCAGCCUUGUGAUGGAGUCCAUAAGGAAACUGCAGAGGGCUGUCAAGGAGAUUCUGGUCCAUAGCAAAAUGCUCAACUGAACUGAAGCUUACAAUCCAAUGUAAAUAAUCAAACAUUUGUUCACUUUUGAUGUAUUUUAUAUUAAUAUCUGUAAAUUUAACCAGCUUUUUCACAGUCCUCUUCCUUUUUACCUAUAGGAUCCUUAAGUGCAGUUUCAUACAGUUUCAGUUCCUCAAUAUCUCUUUUGUUUAGUUUUCUUUUUUACCUCUCAUGAUUUCUCGUUUUUUUUUUUGUUUAUGGUUGUAUUAAUAUGUUGAUUGUGUGAUUUAUGAGAAUAUAUACUUACCUUAUCCUACCUUCUGUUUGACCUAUGACCUCUCCAGGAAUGAUUGAGAUAUACCUUUUUAUUGUGUAGCAGAUGUAUUAGUACGACGGAGUAUUAGGUCAAAGCUAGAGAUUUUUUUUAUUUUGAGAAUAAAGUCAUAUAACGA